AUGAACAUGGAAAACGACUUGAAGGAAGAACUGAAUAGAAGAAUGAGAGCAGCAUGGGCAGCAUUCGCAGCCGUCAGGGAAGCUACGGACCAACUGACGGACCAAGAUCUUCGUGCCCAUCUGUUCGACUCGACAUUCCUUCCAGCGCUCUGCUACGCCGCGGUGACGUGGGCAGACACCGCGGCCACGUCUAGGAAGCUACUUACUACCCACAGAGCCCUUGAGAGAUGUCUCCUGAAGUUUAACCGGCGCACACAACACUUAGCCGGUCUUCGUAGCUCCGACUUAAGAGGAAUGUCCCGUCUUCGCGAACCAGCGGAAUAUGUAUCGAAAGCAAAACAUAGAUGGGCCGUUCACAUCAUGAGAAAAAUCGACGAUAGAUGA